AUGGCCCAGCUUUAUAUCGGUUACCCAAACAUUGCAAGACAAGGAAGCCCACAAAAACAUCGUCUUCAUUUACCUGAGCUGUAUUGUACAGCUCCGUCUGCGCUAAAAAUGGAAGCCUCUUUGAGCUUCGGAAGCUCCUCUUUUCUCCCUCUAACUCCGACGUCCUUGUCUCCUCAUUCCCCAGCUAAACUCAGAUUAAUGCGAUUAAAGCGUUCAAACUCAGAAGAUAAGCAUCAAAAUCAUAGUGUAAUGAUUAGAAAGGCAUGUGGGUCGGAUGAAAAUGGGUCAGUUAAUGGGUUUCCAGUUUUACCGAAUAAAAUUUUCAUGGAAGAGGCAAUCGGAGCUGAAUAUGGGGAAGGUUUCGAAACAUUUAGGCCAGAUGGCCCCCUUAAAGUUGAUGUGGACUUUUUAAAUGAUAGAUUGCAAGAAGGUUUUCUUCAAAGAAUUCGGUAUGCCAUGAAGCCUGAUGAAGCUUAUGGGCUUAUAUUCUCAUGGGAUAAUGUUGUGGCAGACACUGGAUCGUUGAAGUUGAAUGCAUGGAGACAACUUGCAUCUGAGGAAGGAAAGGAGAUUCCUCAAGAUGACAAUGGCCAGAGACUUUUGCUUUAUGCAGGUGCUGAUCAUGUUCUGCAUAAGGUUUUGCGCUGGGGGAAGGCACAAAAUGAUCUAGACAGACUGAAGUUGAGGUUGUCUCAGUUAUAUUAUCACAACCUUGUCCAACUCUCUGAACCAGUAGAAGGCCUAAAAGAAUGGUUGGAUGCUUUAGCUUCGUCGAACAUCCCUUGUGCUGUUGUUUCAAGUGUUGACCGCAGAAACAUGGUUGAGGCUUUGGAGCGAAUGGGGCUCAAGAAGUAUUUUCAGGCAAUUGUGUCUGAGGAAGAUGGUAUGGAGUCCAUAGCCCAUAGAUUCCUUUCAGCAGCUGUAAAGUUGGACCGAAAACCGUCCAAGUGUGUCGUGUUUGAGGAUGACCCCAGGGGAGUAACUGCUGCUCAUAAUUGUACAAUGAUGGCUGUAGCAUUAAUUGGUGCUCAUCCAGCAUACGAUCUUGGGCAGGCUGAUCUCGCAGUUGCGAGCUUUAAUGAGCUUUCUGUAAUCAAUUUGCGGAGAUUAUUUGCUCACAAAGGUUCGAGUUUCAUGGAAUUGGAAAAGCAGAUAAUAGAGACGACUCCUUCGCGAAGAAAGCUCACUAUUGACACUAUAUUCUGAUUUUGCACCCAUCCCCAUUUUGCUCUCUCCGUCACUGUCAUUCGAUCAUUGUAAAUUUUGUAAUUUAAGGGGGUAGAUCAUCUUGUGACAUCCUCUCUUUCUCUUGGUCUGUGCAUUUUUCUUUUUCUUUUUUAUUUUUCCUUUGGUUUUAUAGUGAAAAGGCAAACAAUUUACAAUAAAAUGUAUGUGAAAUCUGCUCUGGUGGAUGAAAUCUCACAUUUAAAUAAUUCUUCACUGGAAAUACCAGUGCUUGAUUUUUAUCAAAGCUGCUUUUAAAUUUUCUCA